AUGGCGUCGCUCUGCAGCACUGGAACACUUCCACCGCGUCCAGACAUCGAAGGCAUCGGCACCCGAGUUGCCACCUAUGCUCAGCUCUUCCUUGCCAUCUUCACUAUUGCUUUGACGCCCGCAGCAAGCUCCUUUGACGCCUGGUGGGCCGUGCUCGUCACCUCCCUUGGUCUUCAGUUUGCUGCCGUCGCGCAGCGGCAUGGCCUCACUCUCUUUCACGCUCUUAUUGUCACGCUUCUCGCCUUUCCCGUCUUCGGCAUGUCAUGGGUAUAUAUUUUCUGGCACUGGAGGCUAGAUGCUAUGCCGCCCGAAAUUCUGAUUGCAACGCAUAUCCACGGAUUUCUUUUUGUCGGGUUUGGUCUUUGGAUCUGGGGCACUGCACCUACUUUCGGUCAGUGUCCGGAACUGAAUGGAACCAUGCAAUUUGUCGUCUUUGGAAAAUCGCUCCAUCCUUUAGGCUGGAUACGUAUAUUUGUUCUCGUUUUGUACUCUAUGUGGGGCGUCUUGUUCUUAGUGUCUGCCGCCGCUUCCCUUGUCCGUGCUAUUCCCUCCUUGCACAACCGAGCCCAUCGUCAUCUAAGCUUCACGCGAAAACUUGUCGUCUAUUUACCUUCAAAUGCACAAUCCCUUGUACUCGUCACGAUUUUCAACCUAGCUAUGCUGGCAUAUAGCAUCUGGUCCGUUGAGAGCUUGCUUUUGCGCAACGUCACCGGAACAUCCUCGACAGACGAGAGCUCGUGGACAUUUGGGCAAAUCUCUGCGAUCAUUCUUCUUGUGGGGCCGUUGUUCACUUUCGCGAGACUCUUGAGGAUUAGGUUCUUCGGACCGGGGCAUGUCAGUGGCACCGACCGGGAAGGCAUGCCUUUGACAACUCAUCGAACUCGGAGGGCCGGUAUUCAAGCUGAGGCGAACGAGAAGGCUAAUAGGUAA